CAAUACAUGUGGCAGCUAAUGUGGGAUAUGAUCAGUAAUGUACUGAGAGAAGAGAUAUUAGAUAACACUGUUUGAAAUUCUUUAAGUUAAGUUGUUUUGUCAAAAUGAGUUCUGAGAAUCUGCAUAGAGAUGAAACAGGUGUAGAUGAGAAGGAAGGUAAGAAAGAUACUGUGGCAGAAAUGCAUGUCUUACAGAAUGAAGUGAAUGAAUUAAACUUAAGUCUAAACAAUGUGUACGCUUUUAUGGCAGAACUGUAUCAAAAAUUAUUAUCAGAAACAACUACUUUGAGGAUAGGUUCUCGUUUAGAAUCAGACCCACUCUUUUCCACUCCUGCCAGACACGAGAGAACUGUGCAUCAGUCUAACAUUGCUCAGCCUCCUCAGAACAUUCCACUAGUUACACAAUACAAUACUCUAAGAAGUAAGGAUAUUGAAAAGUUGAGUAUGAAAGAUUUACAUGGAAUUGAGGCUCUUGGUAAUAUUAAGAUUUUUGUAAGACAGGUAAAACAGUUAGGAGGUGAAGAUGAUGUACAUUGUAAACACAUUGCCUUAAAUAGAAUGGAAAGAGAUCUGCGAAUCUUUGUAGAUGGUGAAUUAGAAAGCCUUCCAGAUGGUGGAAAAUUUGGAGACAUAGAAAAGAUUUUAAAUGGUCAGUUUAGUGGGCCUCAAAAUGCAAUGGAAGCCUACAGAGAAUUAUGUAGUAGAAGUUACUCACUGGAUGAAAACCCUAGGGAGUUUGUGAAUAAGUUUCGGGCUAGGUUUAGGAUCAUAGCUAGAGCAUUUCCUCAGGAACUGACACCUAAAGAGGAAGAAAUGUGGAAGGGGGUUAUGAUGGAAGAUUUGCCAGAAGCCAUCAAGUCUAGGUUAAAAUUCUGUGCUUGUAAUGGAAUGGGAGAAGCAUUUUUGACUGAGUUAGAAAUGGAACGUAGGCUCUUGCGUUCACAGGUGAACAAAGUAAAAGUCAAAGAUACAGUCGAACCCAAGGAUAUAGUUGUAAGUUAUCCGUGUGGUUGGUGUCAGAAUGGAAGUAGACAUAUUCGUAGCAAAUGUCCACGGAAACCUGCUGCCAGGAGUUGUUUUGACUGCCUAGCAGAGGGGAAAAGGAAGGGUCAUUCUGGAUGCCCUGGUAAGACUAAUUCAAGGACACCAAAUAAUGGGGACCCAACCAAUGAAUAGCAAUUACUGCAGCAGCUACAAAAUCACGGUGAAAAG